AAGAGUUAACCGAUAAGUUUGUUUUUUUAAUAGAUUGGGAGUAAACAAAAAGAAGAAAACUUGAUAAAUAUAAAUAAACUUUUAGACAUUUUAGUUAUAGUCUACAUCUAGAUCAAGAUUUGAUCUAAAAUCUAGACUAGAUCUAGAUUUCAAAUCUAGAGCUUUAAAAAAGAAAUAAAGAAGUCUUGCUUUGGCCCAAAAAGAUCUGGUCCAUACUGUCCAUAGUCCAGUCCAUACAUUUACAUUAAAUUAUUAAAUUUUAAAUCUAUAAAUCUAGACUUCUAGAGUUAUUCUAGACUAUAUUCUAUUCUAGAAUCUUAGAUCUAGAGUUAGAGUCUAGAGUUUAAAAAUUAAAAUUUAUAAAUUAUUAUUAUAUAUAUAUAUAUAUAUAUAAUAAUAAUAGUAACAGCGUAGUGUGGCUUGUCAAGGCUAGUAGUUAGAUAUAGUACAGUUGCAGUACUACUAGAACUAUCAUCUAGAUCUAGUAGUUGAAGUCUUCAUCUAGACUACUCUUGUUUACUAAAGUCUAAAAAAAACUAAGAAAAUUCUAGUUGUGAUAAAAUGACAAUAUUCACUUUUUAUUUGUUUGAUCGAAACGGUACAUGUCUAUAUUAUGCUGAAUGGAAUAGAAAAAAACAACUGACAAUGAGCAAGGAUGAGGAAUUCAAGCUGAUGUAUGGAAUGUUGUUUUCUAUCAAGUCAUUUGCUAGUAGACUUUCACCAACAGACAUGAAAGAAGGUUUUUUGAAUUUCACCACAAGCAAGUACAAACUUCAUUUCUUUGAGACACCUAGUGGUCUGAAAUUGAUAUUGAACACAGACUUGUCUGUUGGAAAUAUGAAAGAUGUUUUACAACAGAUAUUUAGUUCUAUCUAUGUGGAGUAUGUUGUUAAGAAUCCACUUUGUCAACUGGACCAGCCCAUCACAAGUGAACUCUUCAAAUACAAGCUGGACGAGUAUGUCAAAAGCUUAUCUGCGUUCCAAACAUCUAAGACAGCAUCUUAAAGUUACAUUGGUAUAAACUCAUCUGGCAUAGACAUCACUGAGCCAUAUAAUGUAAUGUGCAUUCUUUUGUUUGAAUAGCAAGCUAUGUAACUUUUCAUAGCAACAUUUGAAUGUAGUUUUGUAAUGUUAUCUUUGUGGGAUCAUGUUGCUCUAGUUUUAAAAUUUUAUGAUUAUAUUAAAUUAUGAUGACAUUAAAUUAUGAUUACAUUAAAUGAAUGUUCUAGAACACCUUAAAAAAUACCUAUGAAGUCUCAAAAGCAACUGUCAGCAAGGUUUGGAAAUGAAAUAUCUAAUCGUGAAAUAGCUAGAUUUGUUAGAUAUGCAUAUUAAUUUUUUUUUAAAUUAUUAUUAUUAUGACUAUUUUAAUCUAGUUGUAAUAUCACUAGUCUAAUAGUAAUAAAACUAACUGGCUGAUAUGCUCAUCAUGUACUCAUUUAGCCUCCAUCCUUGCUUUGGUUUUGUAUUUUUUGUAUGAUGUUAGUGUUUAAGUGUCACAGCUAACACUCACAAACUCCAUUCUGAUAAUACUUUGCAUAUACGUAAAGAGAGGUAGGUCUAUUUCCAAACCAAGUCAUUAAGCAUUGAUUAUCCCUAAGACUGGCCACUUGCUUAAGAUCUGCAGUCAGUGUUCUGGUACUGCAGUUAGAAAACCCCCCACUAACUUUUGUUUUUCAAUUAACAUUUCCAGAUUGUUAUCUUGUAACAAACGCACAUGGGUGUAUUUAAGUAUCAGAAUAUAGUGCAUUAAGAACACACACACAUGAAGCAUGCAUAUUUACUUUUGUAUUUGUUGUAUGUACUCCAAUUAACAUUGUAAUGUAAACAUGAAACAUGCAGGAUUAGCUAACUUAGAGCUAAAUCAAUUGGCUUUUGUUUUUGUGUAAAAAUUUAUUUAGACAAAUUUUGUUAUUACUGUAUGAAAUAAAUUUUGUAAUUUUUUUGUUUUGUCCUGUUUUGUAUGCAAGUAUAACUGCAUAUAAUAUGAAAACAUUGUUUUUCAUGCCUAUAUUCAUGUGUCUUUGAUUUUGUCUUACGGUUGACAUCAUACAUUUUAUAGAAAGGAAAAACGUGAAAAUAAAAUAAUGAUUACCUA